AUGCGUCUGUUCAACGGCCUCGCCUCCCUGCUCGCGGGCGCGGGCCUCGCGCAAGCCACGCUUCAAGUCGUUUCCGGCGGGACAUGGUCAGCGACCAACACAGGCCGCCACAUCCAAGCCCACGGCGCCGGCGUGACAAAAGUAGGCUCGACGUACUACCUCAUAGGUGAAGACAAGACCGAAGGGUCGGCUUUCCAGAACAUCAACUGCUACUCCUCGACCAACCUCGUCGAGUGGACCUAUGUCGGUGCCUUACUCUCGCGCACCACGGCGGCGGGCGACCUGGGGCCCUCCCGGGUCGUCGAGCGUCCCAAGGUGAUUUACAACAGCGCGACGAAGAAGUACGUCAUGUACAUGCACAUUGACAGCAGCAACUACGGCGAGGCCAAAAUCGGAGUCGCGACGAGCGAUACGGUGUGCGGCAAGUACACGUAUCUUAGUAGUUGGCAGCCUUUGGGGUUCCAAAGUCGUGAUAUUGGGUUGUUUCAGGAUGAUGAUGGGUCUGCGUAUUUGUUGACUGAGGAUCGACCCAAUGGUCUCCGAAUCAAUGCCCUGAGCUCGGAUUAUCUCAACGUCACGCGCAACGUCUACCUCUGGCCCGAUCACAUCGAGGCCCCCGCCAUCUGGAAGAAGAACGGAUACUACUUCAUGUUUGGAAGCAAGCUUACCGGCUGGGACCCGAACGACAACGUAACGCCCCUGGUCUUCCUGGGCAACCUUCGCCACCGUCGGCUCAAAGACGUACACCAGCCAGACGACCUACAUCCUCCCGCUGGGCGACACGGCAAUCUACAUGGGCGACCGCUGGGUCAGCACGAACCUCAUGCGGAGCACCUACGUCUGGCUACCCCUCGCCAUCUCGGGCACCACAAUCACCCUCGCCGACCGCGUCAACUGGACGCCCAACGUCGCCGCCGGCACCGGGCCGCGGGGCCCAGCGAGACGUCGUACGAGGGCGAGUCCGCGACGCUCGCGGGCGGCGCCAAGAGCGUCGCGUGCACGGGGUGCAGCGGGUCCGCGGCGGCGGGCUACGUCGGAGGGUCGGCCGGCGGGAGCGUGACGUUCUCCGGGGUGAGCGUGCAGGCUUCCGGCAAGACGACGGUGCGCGUGAAGCAUUUGAAUGGCGACACGAGCCAGCGGUGGGGCACGGUGACGUGCAACGGCGUCUCGCAGACUGUUGGCUUCCUGCCGACUUCUGAUGGGAACACGCCCGGGAGCAGCUCCGUGUUCUGUAGCCUUACUGCUGGGUCUGCAAACACCAUCAAGAUUGCCAGCUCGGAUUCGUCAUGGGUUGCUGACAUUGACCGCAUUUUCGUGCCGGUCAAUUAG